AUGCAAUUUAUUGUGUUAAUAUCAAUUUUUUUCACAAUACUAAUCCUGAUUGAAUUAAAUUAUGGAUAUGAAGCUAAUUUACUUUUUAACUUAUCAAACAUUGAUGAAAUUAAGGAAUCAAUAACUGGCACUUAUGAAGGAACAAACUUCAAAGAUGAAAUUAUGCCAUUUUCAUUAAAACGACCUCAACAAAUUGAAAUUAAAGAUAUGUUUGACUUUAGAGGAAUAACUUUUAAAAAAGGAUAUCUUGUGGCUAUUCAAUUUGAUGCUAAAAGCUACAAUUUUACAAUGAAAAUGUUUGUAAAAUAUCAAAGUGUCUGUGACUCUUCAAAAACUGCUUUUACAUUUGACAUGGACGAAUUUCUUAAGGAAUAUUUUCAAUGCAAGCAUCAAGUAGCUGGCUAUAAAAGUAAAUUUUACUACCUGAAUGAAGCAAUGCAAAAGAAGGUCUAUAUUCGUAGCUCAGAGUAUAUAUUUUAUCAUAAAAAUAUUGAAGUCUAUUGGACCAUCUAUCGUAGUGACUUUCAUGUGCUGAAUAAUGAUAGAAACUUUAGACAAUUUUUAAAUGACUGCUACUUUAUAAAUGCAAAUCAAAAGUUUUACUUGCUUACAUUUGGAAGCUAUUUGUUUGUCCUGGUGAUCACAAUGAUGCUUUUGGUCUGUAAAAAAAUCAAAAUAAUAUUCAUCAAAAUUUCACAAAAAAAUCAAGUGACAUUAAAAAGCGAUAAUGAACAGGUUGAAGUCACUUCAAUGCAAUGA